UCAGCCUCCCAGGUUCAAGCGAUUCUCCUGCCUCAGCCUCCCGAGUAGCUGGGAUUACAGGUCCACCUUCUCCAAUACCUGCCUGCUGGGAGAGGACUAUCUCUUGAGAAAGGAAGGACUUCUGUGCUCCUGAGAACCUCUUAUCAGGUCCUGGCUGCAUGGAAACAAGAUGAGCUUUUACAAUUAAGGUUGGUAGAAGUCACCACAGGCAGCAGAACUCCAUCUUGAGAUGAAAUAACAUCUACCUGGACCUCUGGCAGAAUUUCAAGGCUCACACUGGGCUGACUCUGGGGCCAUGAUGUUGCCUCAUCCUUCAGCACUGGGAGAUCAAUACUGGGAAGAGAUUUUGCUUUCAAAGAAUGGGGAAAAUGUAGAGACCAUGAAGAAAUUGAUCCAAAAUCAUAAAGCGAAAGGCUUGCCUUCUAAUGAUACUGACUGGCCCCAGGAAAAGGAGGGAAAGGCCCAAAUAGUGGUACCAGUUACAUUCAGGGAUGUGGCUGUGAUCUUCACAGAAGCAGAAUGGAAGAGACUGAGUCCAGAGCAGAGGAAUCUAUACAAAGAAGUGAUGCUGGAGAAUUAUAGGAAUCUUCUCUCAUUGGCAGAACCAAAGCCAGAAAUCUACCCUUGUUCCUCCUGCCUUCUGGCCUUCUCCUGUCAGCAAUUCCUCAGCCAGCAUGUACUUCAGAUCUUCCUGGGCUUAUGUGCAGAAAAUCACUUCCAUCCAGGGAAUUCUAGCCCAAGGCAUUGGAAACAGCAGGGGCAGCAGUAUUCCCAUCUAAGCUGUUGGUAUGAAAAUGCAGAAGGUCAGGAGAGAGGAGGUGGCUCCAAACCCUGGUCUCCAAGGACAGAGGAGAGAGAAACCUCAAGGGCAUUCCCCAGCCCACUCCAAAGACAGUCAGCAAGUCCCAGAAAAGGCAACAUGGUGGUAGAAGUAGAGCCCAGCUCAGCCCAAAGACCAAACCCUGUGCAGCCAGACAAAGGCUUGAAGGAAUCAGAAACCUUGAGAUUUGGAGCAAUCAACUGUAGAGAGUGUGAACCGGACCGUAGCCUGGAAUCAAACUUUAUUACAAACCCAAGGACUCUCUUAGGGAAGAAGCCCUACAUUUGCAGUGAUUGUGGGCGAAGCUUUAAAGAUAGAUCAGCCCUCAUCAGACACCAUCGUACACACUCGAUGGAGAAGCCUUAUGUGUGCAGUGAGUGCGGGCGAGGUUUUAGCCAGAAGUCCAACCUCAGCAGACACCAGAGAACACAUUCAGAAGAGAAGCCUUACUUGUGCAGGGAGUGUGGGCAAAGCUUUAGAAAUAAGUCCAUCCUCAAGAGACAUCAGUGGACUCACUCAGAGGAGAAGCCCUAUGUUUGCAGUGAGUGUGGGCGAGGCUUUAGUGAGAAGUCAUCCUUCAUCAGACACCAGAGGACACACUCCGGUGAGAAACCCUAUGUGUGCCUGGAGUGUGGACGAGGCUUUUGUGACAAGUCAACCCUCAGAAAACACCAGAGGAUACACUCAGGGGAGAAGCCUUAUGUUUGCAGGGAGUGUGGACGAGGCUUUAGCCAGAACUCAGAUCUCAUCAAACACCAGAGGACACACUUGGAUGAGAAGCCUUAUGUUUGCAGGGAGUGUGGGAGAGGCUUUUGCGACAAGUCAACCCUCAUCAUACAUGAGCGGACGCACUCUGGAGAGAAGCCUUAUGUGUGUGGUGAGUGUGGCCGAGGCUUUAGUCGGACAUCACUCCUCCUUGUCCACCAGAGGACACACUCAGGGGAGAAGCAUUAUGUCUGCAGGGAGUGUAGGAGAGGUUUUAGCCAGAAGUCAAAUCUCAUCAGACACCAGAGGACACACUCAAAUGAGAAGCCUUAUAUUUGCAGGGAAUGUGGGCGAGGCUUUUGUGACAAGUCAACCCUCAUUGUACAUGAGAGGACACACUCAGGAGAGAAGCCUUACGUGUGCAGUGAGUGUGGCCGAGGCUUUAGCCGGAAAUCACUCCUCCUUGUCCACCAGAGGAUACACUCAGGGGAGAAGCAUUAUGUUUGUAGGGAGUGUGGGCGAGGCUUUAGUCAUAAGUCAAAUCUCGUCAGACACCAGAGGACACACUGACGGGAGAAACCUGUGUAUGCAGGGGUCGUGAACAAGACCUGAGUGAUCAGUCAAGCCUCAUGUUACCCCAGAGACACAUAUGGGAAGUAGACCCUGUGUAUGCAGAUUGUGAGUGAAGUUCCAGAGAUGUGUCGACCUUUAUCAGGCAUGGGAGGGACACGUUCAGGAGAGGAGCCUUAUGAGUAUACAGUAUGGGCAACUGUAGCCAUCAGUCAGCCUUCAGCAUGCACAAGAAGACACACUUAGGAGAGAAGUUUACGUGUAGGGACUGUGGGAAGGCUUUAGCAAUAAUCAAACAUUUACCAAACAUCCAAUGACCGCCUCAGGGGAGGGCACCCUUGUCUGGGGAGUGUUGGUGAGCAUCAGCAAAAGAAUGGACAGUCAGGCACAAGGUGGCCCUCCGGAAGGAGGUCUUUGUUUGCAGGAUGUAUGGGCAAAGCUUUUGUGAUCACACACCACAGGGAGACUCUGCAUGUGGGGACACUGUGGAGCUCUGCCCAGAUGACCUUUUCAUGGCUAACACCCCGGCUGCUUGAGAGAACAGCGUUGCUGCUGGCAGUGAUGCAUUCAACUCUAGAACUUGCUCUCAGCCACAGGGAACUGCAUACACCACGGGGGCUAUGCCUCUUUGCAGGGGUAGCUUCUGGCCCCAACCCUUGACUCAACGGGGACAACUCCAGAAGGUCAUUCCAGAUCCAGAGAUCCCCAUCGAACUGAAGGAUCACUGGGUUGCAGACACGUUGCACAUCAGCCUCUUCCUCUGCCCAGCCCUGCCCUCACUCCCCAGUGAAUCCUCAAUUUUCCAUCUGUCUCUCCAGAGAAUUGAUUCUAAGACAUGUUAGGUAUAUAAGGGGUGUAGAUAAGGCUUCAGCCACAAGUCACCCCUCAAUAGCCCCAGAGUAUAUAGAAUAGAAAUUCUGCACAUGUCGGGGGAAUGGACAAGGACUUAGUAAAAAGGCACACCUCAGCAAAGAACAGCUUUUUUGGGACAAGCUUUACAUGGGUGGGGAGGGAAAAUGUGAAACACAUUAGCAAUAAGUUCAACCUCAUCUUGUACUAAAGGAGGACACACUCAGGGAGAAGACCUGUGUGUGCAGAGCUUGUGGGUGGAGCUUCAUCCCGAUGUCCCUCCUCAACUGACUUAGGAAGACAGAGUCUUUACCCCAAGUCACUACCUCAGUUACCUCUGAGGGGUUUUCAGGAGAUGUCUUGAUUCCCCCAUGUACUCUGAAUGUGAGCGAAGAUGGCAGUAACUGUUAAAUAAGCAUUCUUUUCUACUUCUUGGAAUCGGAAUUAAAAAGUAGGCUUUAUUUAAGUAAUCAAAAAAUAAUCAACUUGUUUUAUUUUCAUAUACCAGUUCUUUCCCAUGUUUUCUUAUCCCUUUGUUUUAGUUCAAAAUUUCUUUAGCAAGUUCAGGCUGUGUGGCUUGGCCACUCAGCUGACCGGAAAGGUGCAAGGAAUUCAAAUUCACAGUCAGGGUUUCCUGCAUGAAUUCAACCCUUGAGAAUCAAUCUAAUAGAUUUUUUGGAGAAUCUGAUCCUUUUCAUGUGGAGGAGUGAUUAGGUUCUAGAGACAGGCCAGUUGCAGGGAGGGGAUUUUCCAGGUCUCCAGGGGCUGGGUUGCCUCUUGACUGGUCACUUUCUUCAGCUUCUGUGAAAGCUUCCUUCCCUAGGUAUUCUCUUUCUUUCUUUGUGUCUUUCUCUUUCUCUCCCCACCUCGCCCUCUCUCUUUUUCUUUCUUUCUGCAGGUGUCUUUGCUGAAUACUUCUGUACUCCACUGAAGUUUUGCAGUCCUUAAUGAUCUGCUCAGUCCUCCAGUUCUAGGGACCCUUUAACCACAUCCCCCUGGCAGCCUUCUAGAUUGCAGGGGCAGGUCCUUUAACCAUACCCACACUGUUCUCAAGUCAUGAGUCAUUGCUUUGGGCCUCUUAGCUACUCCCCAUGUCAGAUCAACAAUAAUAGAUGUAAAGACUCCUAAACAUAGCUCCGAUACCAUGUCCCCUUGGCCCUCUAAUUCUAGGGCCCAGUCCUGCUAAUGAUACCCACACAUCAUCCCUCUAAUAACUGGUCUGAGACAACCUAGUCAUACUCCGUCCAUUGUUUUUCAGGCCAAGGAUCUGUCUUUUACCCACACCCUUUUUUAAUCUUCCUCCCUCAGAGCCCAAAUUGCCCAGACUUUUGAAUAAACUCCGCAUGCCCUGGC